AUGGAGGGGACAUCGUCUACUGCUCGGGAGCGAGAGACGCAAAUCAGCUGGCUGGUGAAUCGCCGGAUUGAGCAGAGACAGGAGCACAACAUAACUCGCACUGAGAUCACGCAGAGACGCGUCCUACAGGAGAAAGCCCCCGACAUGCCGCAAUACACCGGACAGGGCGACACGGAUUACCAUGGGAGUAACGGACAGGCGGACACCCACUCGUUGCACUCGUCUCAUCUGUCCGUCCAGGAGGAUCCGCUGCUUAUCCGGACCCACAAGCAACAGACUUCUCAGCAAGUGACGACUGUGACGAAAGUCGUGCGUGAGGUUUCCCACAUGGAGCCGGAUCCGGGCGCGGUCAGUUACAUGUCGGUGCCGUUAAUGUCGCAAGACUAUCAGCACGCGGACCCGCGCUACCCCGCGGACCCGUACAUGGUCAGCUUCGACCAUUACGACCCGUACCUGGGCUACCCGCCACAGCCAGGAUACCCGGGACCCCAUGGCAUCUACAUGCCACGCUCGCAUUCUCCCCACAGCCCCCACAGCCCGUCGGAACACAGUCGUGCUUCGCCGCCACACGAGUACAUGCGCAAGGGUGCACCCUACGUGGAGGGUAGCUAUAACGACAUCGACCCCGGCUUAAACCCCGCUUUGCAGGACCAUUAUCGCAUUACUCCAAGUCCAGGCGGUCCCGGGGAUCAGUAUGAUGAGAGUAAAGUGGCCUAUGGCUACGUGUCACCGUCGCCGUACGGUCCUGUGGGAUACGUGCCCGCCGUGGGGGUGGGACCAGUGCCAAGCGAUGUACCCGGCUACGAAGAAGGCCACCCGGGAGUGCCCCUCACGUCGGCUGUGCCACCCGGCAUCUUCGAGGACGAGGUGCACCUCCAACGGCUGCAGUCGCGUCAUCCGGUGGUGCCCGGUAUGGCGAGCCCACUCGACGAUGAGCAGAAGUCCAUGCGCUGGCGGGAUCCGAAUCUCUCUGAGGUGAUCGGCUUCCUGAGCAAUCCCAAUAAUAUAAUCAAGGCAAACGCGGCUGCGUAUCUGCAGCACCUUUGCUAUAUGGAUGACCCAAAUAAGCAGAAGACGCGUAGCCUUGGUGGCAUACCGCCGCUGGUGCAGCUGCUGGACCACGACAAUCCAGACGUGUACAGGAACGCGUGCGGCGCGCUACGGAAUCUGUCGUAUGGACGACAGAAUGACGAGAACAAGCGCGCGAUCAAGAAUGCGGGCGGCGUGCCGUCUUUGAUCAACCUGCUACGACGGACGUCCGAUGCGGAAGUCAAGGAGCUUGUCACGGGAGUGCUGUGGAACUUGUCUUCGUGCGAAGACCUGAAGAGGUCGAUCAUCGACGAUGGCGUGACGAUGGUGGUGAGCAACAUAAUAAUACCUCACAGCGGUUGGGACCCGAGCUCGUCGAGCGGCGAGACUUGCUGGUCCACCGUGUUCAGAAACGCGUCCGGCGUGCUGAGGAACGUAUCGAGCGCGGGCGAGUACGCGCGGAAGAACCUGCGCGAGUGCGAGGGCCUGGUGGACGCGCUGCUCUACGUCGUGCGUUCCGCGAUCGAAAAGUCCAACAUCGGCAACAAGAUCGUCGAGAACUGUGUGUGCAUCCUGAGGAACCUGAGCUACCGUUGUCAGGAGGUGGAAGACCCUAAUUACGACAAGCACCCGAUCCAGUCCACGGUGCAGAACAGAGUCACCGCACCCGCGAAAGGUGAGCCUAGGAAGUGCAGUAGGGGAACUUGUUUGAAGGAAUCGAUGCGCGACAGCAGUCUAUAUUUCUUUUCUUUCUCUACCUUCUUCAGGAAGGAAGAAAAGAAAAAAAAGUCGAGAGAAUUAAUCUAA